UUAUUUGCUCAACUAACAAACCUUUUGUCCUUUUUUUUUCUUUCUGCAGUGUGAAAAAAACAAAAAAAACAGCCAAGAUGUGUUGCUCCGGUUUUCUCAAAAUUAUGAUGUUUGUCUUCAACGGCGGCAUCUUUGUGGCGGGUGCAGCCAUCCUGGGUGUUGGGGUGUGGGUGAAGGUGGACAGCAGUUCUCUGCUGGGCAUACUGGACAGCGUGGACGGCGCUCCGUCUGGGUUGUCCGAGCUGGUCUACGUCAGCUACCUGCUCAUUGGGGUGGGUGCUGUGCUGCUGAUCAUCGGCUUCCUGGGCUGCUGUGGCGCCGUCAGGGAGAGCAGGUGCAUGCUGCUGACGUUUUUCAGCAUCGUGCUCGUUAUUUUCCUUAUCGAGGUCGCUGGAGCUGUGGUGCUGCUCGUCUUCCAGGAUUUCGCUCACAACAUUCUUUCAGAUCUGGAGGAUGGAGUAAGAAAAGGCAUUCAAGGUCACUAUGGAGAGAGUGAAAGUCUGACGUCUCUCUGGAACGCCACCAUGGAGCAGUUUAAAUGCUGCGGAUACAGGAACUACACAGAUUUUGAUGGCUCUCCUUUUCACGAUCGCGGAAACGUUUAUCCGACCAUGUGUUGCAACGUUACCACCACGCAGAGUGUUUGCAAUACAGAUAAAGCACAUAGUUCGAUGAUUGGCGGCUGCUUUGACAAGCUGCUACAGUUCAUACAGGACAACGCUGUGAUCGUUGCAGCCGUGGCUCUAGGAAUCACUUUUUUUGAGAUUUCUGCCAUGGUGGUGUCGAUGGUCCUCUACAACAAAAUUGGCAACAAGCAGUAGUGACUCGUGUCUGCAGGACAUCAUCAUAAUUGGUGGAGAAAUUGAACCUCUAAGCAGCUUUUAAAGUAUAGCGUUUUCUUAUUCCUUGAUUCAAAACAGACAGAUCAACAAUGCUUAAUGCUCUACCUGCGAUCUUCCUUAUUAUUGGCUCUUUUAUAGGGCAUUGAAAUCUCAGACGGAGAGGUGGUCAAUGAAGCUGACGUUUUCGUGGUUUCAUAAUUGUAUAUGUACACAUUUAUAUGUGAAUUAUUUAUGUUUGAAUAGAGCUGCUGUAUGCUGACAGUGCAUGUGCUGAGUGCUGAUACAUAAGGAUGUGUGUGAUGAUGCACAGUGCAGAAAAGUUUUGUUUUUUAAGAUUUAUUUUGGGGCUUUUUGUGCCUUUAUUGGAGAGAUAGGACAGUAGAUAGAGUUGGAAAUCAGGGAGCGAGAGAGUGGGGAAUGACAUGCGGGAAAGGAGCCACAGGUUGGAUGUGAACCCGGGCCGCCCGCUGGGAGGACCCCAUUGACAAUUAUUUUUAUCUCUUGCAUUCAGUGUAGUAAUAAAAUACUUAUUUUUGUAUGUUUGAUCAAAUUUAAAUAAAUAAAUGAAGAUUUCAAUCUUGA